AUGUCCACGACCGCCCCCCUCCCAGACUGGAAAACGUCCCUCAUCUCCCUCUCCCUGACCUCCAACAUCCUCACCUUCGGCACCUACAAACUAAAAUCGCACCGCAUCUCGCCCUACUUCGUCAACUGCGGCCUCUUCUCCAAAGCGCGCCUAAUCCGCGCCAUCUCCACCGCCUACGCCCAAACCCUACACGCCCACGCCCAACAAAACCCGUCCUUCGACUUCGACGUGCUGUUCGGCCCCGCGUACAAAGGCAUCCCGCUCGCGGCGACGACGGCGGAGAAGCUCGCGGGGCUGGACGAGGGGCGGUGGGGCGAGGUCGGGUAUACGUUUAAUCGGAAGGAGGUGAAAGAUCACGGGGAAGGGGGGUUGAUGGUCGGGGAGGACAUCAGGGGGAAGAGGGUGGUGAUCAUCGACGAUGUGAUGACGGCCGGGACCGCGAUCCGCGAGGCCAUCAGCAUUAUCGCGUCGCAGGGUGGGAAGCUCGUGGGGAUUAUCGUGGCGAUUGACAGGCAGGAGAAGAUGCCGAGUGAGAGUGAGAAGCGGGGCGAGGGGGACGAUGGGAGCGUGAGGGGUAGUACGAUUGGGGAGGUGAGGACGGAGACGGGGGUGCCUGUUUUGGCGGUCUUGACGUUGGAGGAUAUUGUGGAGGGGAUGAGGAAGUUGGGAAGGGGGGAGGAGGUGCAGAGGAUGGAGGAGUAUAGGCAGAGGUAUGGGGCGACGGAUUGA